CUUUUUUCAACCAUGAUCCCUCUUAAGACAGAGCAGAACAUAAUAUCGGCACCAGAAUUGAUUUAAUAAAGCUUGAACGCAAAAAAAAGGAAAAAUGAAGAGACAGGCCAGAUGGACACAAUAGCACUGGAAUAUUUGCUUUGUUACCUCCCAUUCAAAGCGUUCUAAUCAGCCUGGUGAGGUGCUCGAUACGUCAAACUUGGUCUUCGUUAACCCAAUUGAGAGCAAGGAGAAAAAGGCCUGCACCAUAUUCUGCACUGUUUGCCCCUGACCUCAGCCACUUAGCCUCCAUCUGCACUCAUCUUCUCAUCUGCACUGUACGUAAUAGCCUAUAGACAAGGUGCCUUCCUCCAUUCCACAGGAAGGCUCAACCUCACGAGCAUCCUCCGAGGCCGCAGAUCUGUUUUCACUCCACUGUGAGUAAACACAAAGGUAGCUGGCUGUCAUGAUUGGCGAAAUAACGCCAACCCUUCCUACAGCUGAAGGGGAACUAAUUCCCCUGGACAGCGAGCUGAGGGACUCACUCUCCUUUCUCGACAUCUUGUGUGCAAACGAGUUCGAAGGAGAGCAAAUCGACCCGGACGUCUCUUCAAAGACCGAGUGUGAUUUUUACAAGGGCGCCCCGCCCAAAUGGAUGAACUUUCACCUGGCCGACGAGCGGGCCGCCGCACCUGCAGGAGAAAAAGCGGUCAGUGUUUUCAAAAGGGACGGUUAUGAAAAGCUCAGGGAGCUCAUCAGGUUGAAACAACAAGGCAGUUGGAGUGUCAACACCGUCAGGCUUAUGCACCAUCCUGGCUGUGGCGGCACCACCCUGGCCAUGCAGGUCCUCUGGGAUCUGAGGAAAGAGCUCCGAUGUGCUGUUUUAGUUGACCCUUUCACUGACAAGAAAGACGUAGGCAAACCGGUCCAGAAACAGCCCCUGCUGUUCGACAUCAAGGCUGCUGCCGUACAGGUGAUCACACUUUUCACCGUCGGUGAUCCGGAUAAGCGGAAUACAGUGCUUCUUCUGCAGGACAACGAGCAUCUGAAUGAUCCCUUACAGGACUGUCUGGUCAGAGAAAUACGAGAGCAGAAACUAAGUGCGACAUUCCCCGUUGUCAUCCUCCUACAAUGCAUACGCUUGGUCGACACCAUAGAUGAGGAGAAAAUCGGAAGGAAGUUAGAUUUAAUCCUGAAAUCAAGUCUUUCUGAAAAAGAGAAAACAAGCCUUGUUUGUAAGGAACAACAAUUACUGAGGCAACACAGAGAUGAGCUGAGGAGAUUUCACAGCUUUAAGAUAAUGCAACAUGAUUUCCAUGAAGAAUAUGUGAUAAAAACACUUUUUUGUGCAGAGGGAAAAGAAAUCACCAAAUAUGUUCAGUUGAACCGAGCAUCCUGCAACACCAAACUCUUUGCAUUUUUAACUCUUGUAAGCUCCUAUGUUCCUGGCUCUUAUCUGUUGCAGUCACAGUGUGAAGCCUUCCUCAGCCAUCAAGACCCCUUUGCUAAGAACCCAUCCUUUGAGAAACGCAUGGAACCUUUCAGUGAUCUCAUAGUGACAUUCUCAAGACAUGGAAGCGAUGACAAGAGAGUUUGUGUAGCCCAUCCAGUUCUUGCACGUCAUUGUGUUCAGUUGCUAACAGCUGCUGGUGUUUCUAGGAGCUCAGCAACACUUGAAUUUCUGCAGUACUUGUGCAGACAGGAAAUUCAGUCUUCUUUGUUACUUUUCUUCAAAGAGAUGUUAACUAAGAGGGAAAUGACACCAAAGGGCAAGGAGAUGUUUUCAAGGUUAACCAUAGACAUUGAGAAACAUGAAGGCAUUUGUAAAUGUGCAAAUGUGUUAAAAACUGCAUCGGAGACAUUCAAGCACGACCCAUUCUACCCGCAAGCUCUUGCACGUUUAUACUACAUCAAGUUAUCUGAUUACACAAGAGCUGAGAUUUGGGCUGAAAAAGCUAAAGAGAGAGUGCCCACCAACUCAUUCAUUGCCGAUACACUAGGGCAAGUUCACAAGAACCAUUUGUACAAACAGCUCAGUGGAAAAUCAGGCAGACCAACAACAGCCAGAGACAUUUUGUUUUGGGCAGAGAAAGCAAUCAAGGCUUUCAAACAAGAGGAGGAAUUAGCUGAGGUUGAAUCAAUGACUCACACUGAAGACAAUCCAACAAAAAUGUCUAAUACCUUCAACAACAGAGGAAUCUUUGGUUAUCUACAGGUUGCUAACAUUGUUUAUUAUUCCCUCACAAAGCUCAACCCAAAAUGUAGAAAAAUUCUCACCCAUGAGAUGUCAACUGAACAUCUCUCAUCACUGUUUCACGACAAAAAACUCAUGGAGUACAAGACUUUUAUCACAAGCCUUAGACUGGAGGUUGAAAAUAAGUUUUAUAGAUUUUUUGAGAGUUACUUCACUUACUCUGAGCCCAGGAAUCAGAAGGACCAGACAUCGUACUUUCAGCGAGACAUUGUUGAUUGUUUUUUCAACUACACAAGAACUCCCAGUCAAAAAGGGGACCUACUGCUGAGAAUACUCAAAGACAAAAUGGCCUCUACCUUUCCUGGUAUCUCCUCUCUUGACAAAAACACCAGUGAGUCUGACCUGAAUUUAAUUACAGGGCUGUGGAAAGUAAUCCAUAAAGAACGGCCUGAUGACAUUAACACAGCCUGUUACAUCCUGGCCAACAUCAUCCAGAAUUGCAGGCCAGUGGUGUAUCACGAACCAAUGACUCUACCGCAACUAAAAGCUCUUCUUCUGAAGGUUAUGGAGGAAGAAAACACAAAACUUUGGACCCCAGAGUUUUACCUCCUUGUCCUCCUGCUGUUCUGGCCCGGGGAAACUAAAGAGGAAGACAUCCCAAACAGCAUUGAUCUGAACAAGUAUGUUGAGUGUAUGAAACAGGCCUUUGAAAACAAAUACAAGAAAUACCUUCAGUCUAGGGAACUUGUGCCCCUGUUCUACCUAGGUAAAGGUUCUGGGUUAAGAAGACUUGUUCACAGAUCUAACAUGGAUGUAAUCUGUGAGCAGCUGCAAAACUCAAACUCAAGGAGACUCAAAAAAACAUAUGGUAGUGCAAAGAUAAAAGAAAAUUGGUUUCGGGAUCACCUUCUUCGUGUCAAUGGAGUUGUUGAAGAUCAUAAGGCAUUUGCCUGUAUGGCAGACAAAAAGAUAGAGAUUUAUCCCCAGAAACAGGCCAGUGUGUGGAAGGAUGGCAAGAUCUUAUUUUAUCUAGGAUUCAAUAUCAGUGGGCCAAUGGCUUUUGAUAUCAAGUACGUACAAGACAAACACACAAGUGGAUCCAUGGGAUUUCACACAAAAGAGUCCUGUAAUGGAGCAAUUGAAAACUAUAUCGUGGGUUCUCCCAAGGCCUGUACGACGUGUGACAAAAUGAAUAAAUCCACACACUGGCUUUCAAUUGAACCUUCGGUAUCCAACACAGAGGGAGUUACAAUAUACAGACACAUAACUCCCAAAGGACGCCAUGAGUGCCAGCUCUCUGGGCUCAGGUGGAUGUGUAAGAGUGAUGUCAUCCUGAAGUACCAGUUCAGGAACUGGGAACCCUAUACUGGGUUUCUGGGUGGCAUGCAGUACACACAAUGUGGUCCCCUGCUAGACAUCACUGUAGAGUUAGGGGAACUGGAGGAAGUUCAUCUGCCACACUUUGCCUGUUUAGGGGCCGACCUUUCUCUUCAGGAAGGAAUGAGAAUUCUUCAUGUGGAGGACAGUGGAAUGUCGGUGGAAAAAGUGCAUGAAGUGACCCGCUUCCAUGCCAAACUUUUUCAUCCCACCUUCUCUCCCAAGGGAGUUCUCCUGAGAUCCGGGUUUCCUCUGAAAGUGCACUGCGAUCUGAUGGUGUAUUUGUCCAAAAACCAGCACCUCAGUUUACGUACAUACCUGAUUCCAAGUGAUCCUUCUCUUGUUGAGGCAGUGGAGAAGCAGGAGAGGCAAUUUGGAUUCAAAAGACACCUUGUGCCAAGACCAGAGAGAUCCCUCAAGAUAAAGAGUUGGUUCAGACUAAAGACAACUUGUCUGGCCUCCAUUGAUCCAGAGAAAAUACAACUUCGGUACAAUAACACCACACCAAGCUUUUUUCGGGUGUUUGUAGAGAAUCCGAACAUUGACUUUGGGAUGGAAUUGAUUUGCGGAAAUAACACCGUAUGGAAAGCAGCCAUACGUGAAGCUGAAAUCAAAGACACAGUCUUUUCAAAAGCUCCAGCCCCUCCAGUGGUGCUGCCUGGAGGUUUUGUUGAGAAACACCGGCCCGAUCUUAUUCAGAGGGUUUCCAAUGCUCUUUCUAUAGCAGAUGACCUGCUCUCUCAGGGCAUCAUAAUUCAAGAGGCAUAUUCAAAGGUGAAGGCUGCGAACACCAGUGAGAAUCAAAUGAGAGAACUUCUGGAUGCAGUGAUUCUUAAAGGGCUGAAGGUGGAAAUUGCAUUUCUCAAUGCCCUCUACAAGUACAAUGCAAGUCUGGUUGAAGACAUGAUUAACGGGAGCAGCUCCAGUUGAAAUCAAAAAGAGAGUGAAGUUGGCCAGUCAAAGAAACACGCUUGGAAGAAAGGCCAUCCUUUAUCUUCAGAGGAUAUGAGAGUUUGAGAGUUUGACGUUACACCCGAUUCCUGAAUCAUCGGACAGGGCGGACGUUGGUGAUACAGCAACAGACCUUCAACAGAUGUGUUGUCAUACAUCUUCAAUGAACUAUUAUUUCAAAAGGACCUUUUAUUAGGAUGAAGAUGUUUUUUUACAGAGCAAAUCCUGGACUUCUUUUAUAUUAUUUUAUGCACAUAUAUUUUUUUUUUAUGAAGAUAUCCAGUUUGCCAAAAUCCUUGGAAACUGGAAAAAUGAGGUUGUUGUAAAUCUUUUGACUGGUAGUGUAUGUAUAUAUAUUGAAUAAAUCGAUGGAAGAUA